GCUCUACGUGGGGCGGGGCUCAGGUGCGGACGACACUGGUUGUCCUCUUUGCUGCUCCGUAGUGACGGGGACUGUUGUGUUGCAGAAAUCCGACUAUCGACCUGUGGACGUGCGUGCUGCUCAGCUCCCGGGACUUUUGGAGCUGCUGCUAAAUAAUUUCUGCUCAGCCAUGUCACCAGCUCCAGAUGCAGCCCCGGCUCCUGCUUCCAUCUCCCUGUUUGACCUCAGCGCGGAUGCUCCGGUUCUUCAGGGCCUGAGCCUGGCGAGCCAUGCGCCCGGUGAGGCUCUGGCUCGUGCUCCGCGUUCUUCCUGUCCAGGCUCAGGGGAGAGAGAAAGCCCAGAAAGAAAGCAACUCCAGGGUCCUAUGGAUAUUUCAGAGAAGUUAUUUUGUUCAACAUGUGACCAGACCUUCCAGAACCACCAAGAACAGAGGGAACAUUAUAAGCUUGACUGGCAUCGGUUUAACCUAAAGCAGCGUCUCAAGGACAAGCCUCUCCUGUCUGCCCUGGACUUUGAAAAGCAGAGCUCCACAGGAGAUCUUUCCAGCAUCUCAGGAUCAGAAGACUCAGACUCAGCCAGUGAGGAGGACUUACAGACGCUGGAUCAGGAGAGGGCUAGAUUUGAGAAGCCCAACCGACCCCAAGGCUUUUACCCUCAUCGGGUUCUUUUCCAGAAUGCCCAGGGCCAGUUUCUUUAUGCCUACCGCUGUGUCCUAGGCCCUCAUCAGGAUCCCCCAGAAGAGGCAGAACUCCUGCUACAGAACCUGCAAAAUAGAGGUCCCAGAGACUGCGUGGUGCUCAUGGCUGCAGCUGGGCACUUUGCUGGUGCCAUAUUUCAAGGAAGAGAAGUGGUGACACACAAAACCUUUCACCGAUACACAGUGCGAGCCAAGCGGGGCACAGCCCAGGGGCUUCGGGAUGCCCGGGGUGGGGCAUCACGCUCUGCUGGAGCCAACCUGAGGCGCUACAAUGAAGCCACACUCUAUAAGGAUGUUCGUGACCUGCUGGCAGGGCCAGGCUGGGCUAAGGCGCUGGAGGAGGCUGAUACAAUACUGUUGCAUGCUCCCCGCUCUGGCCGGUCCUUGUUCUUUGGAGGCAAGGGGGCACCCCUGCAAAGGGGGGAUCCCCGACUUUGGGAUAUACCUCUCGCCACCCGCAGACCCACCUUUCAAGAGCUACAGCGUGUGCUCCAAAAGCUGACCACUUUGCAUGUCUAUGAAGAAGACCCUCGGGAAGUGGUCAGACUGCAUUCACCUCAGACACACUGGAAAACAGUAAGAGAGGAGAGGAAGAAGCCUACUGAGGAAGCAAUAAAGAUCUGCAGUGAUGAAAAGGAAGCACUUGGGCAGAAUGAGGAAUCUCCCAAACAGGGUUCAGAGUCGGAGGGAGAAGAUGGUUUCCAGGUAGAGUUGGAGCUAGUGGAGUUGACUGUGGGGACUCUGCAUCUUUGUGAGUCUGAAGUAUUCCCCAAGCGAAGGAGGAGAAAAAGGAAUAAGAAGGGGAAAAGCCAGGACCAGGAGGCUGGGGCACAUAUUACUCUUCUCCAGCAACCUCAAGAGGAGCCUUCUGCACAGUCAUCCCAGGCAGCUGCUGCCCCCUUGGGCCCUUUGCUGAAUGAGGCCAAAGCCCCUGGUCAGCCAGCGCUCUGGGAUAUGCUGCUUGCUGCUUGCCGAGCUGGAGAUGUUGGAGUGCUGAAGCUCCAGCUGGCUCCCAGCCCUAGAGACCCUGGAGUUCUGUCUCUGCUCAGUGCCCCCUUGGGCUCUGGUGGCUCUACUCUCCUGCAUGCAGCAGCUGCAGCUGGAAGAGGCUCAGUAGUUCGUCUGCUGCUGGAAGCAGGUGCCGACCCCACUGUGCAGGACUCUCGGGCCCGGCCACCUUAUACCGUCGCGGCUGACAAAUCAACACGUAAUGAGUUCCGAAGGUUCGUGGAGAAGAAUCCAGAUGCCUAUGAUUACAACAAAGCUCAGGUGCCAGGACCAUUGACACCAGAAAUGGAGGCACGGCAGGCUACACGGAAAAGGGAGCAGAAGGCAGCCCGGCGGCAACGGGAGGAACAGCAGCGGAGGCAGCAGGAGCAGGAGGAGCGGGAACGAGAAGAGCAGCGGCGAUUUACCGCCCUCAGUGACCGAGAGAAGAGAGCUCUAGCCGCAGAGCGCCGACUCGCUGCUCAGUUGGGAGCCCCUACCCCUUCAAUCCCUGACUCUGCAAUCGUCAAUGCUCGACGCUGCUGGAGUUGUGGGGCAUCCCUCCAAGGCCUCACUCCCUUUCACUACUUCGACUUCUCUUUCUGCUCCACACAUUGCCUCCAGGAUCAUCGCUGUCAGGCAGGGAGGCCCUCUUCUUGAUCUCUUACAGCUCUACCUGGGGCCAACUCAGGGCCCUGAGAGGGCAUAUUCACAGCAGCUCUAGGUUUUUUCUUCCCCAUGAAACCAGAGAUUAUUUGGAAGAUGGAGGUGAAGGACACUUGGGAACCAGGGCAAAGACAGGGCCACAGAGGUAUGUGGAACUGGUACUGUCUCUGGAACUUUAAUCACAAUAAAAUUUGGCAAGGAA